GCACACACACACACACACACACAUUCAAAAGACACAUUCAUCAUCCUAGUUACAUUCGAUUUAACAUGCCAAAGAGCUCAAGACCAAGACGCCAAACCGCUGUUCAACAGAGAGGUAGAAGUAGAGCGUACAAUGCAGGAAACUCAUCUUCCAGGAUCUACGGCUCAGCCCAGAAUGGUCGAGGCGGAGGAGGAGUAAGAGGUAGACGUAGAGGUGGUAGAGAAGGUGGUGGUGGAGGAGGAGGAAGAAGCAAUAUCCGUGGAUUUCUCGACUCAGACGAAAACAAUAUGCAGACCGGACGAAGCAGAUAUCAAUCACGGAUUAUUGAAGAUGAUUCUGAUUUAGGGCAUACUGACGAAGACGAUGAUAUUGACAAAGACGAAUAUGGAUUUGAAGAUGACGAAGAGGAAUACAUGACUCAAAAGUAUGGUAACCAGCACAUGGUAUCAAGAGACUCUUACGAAAACAAGUCUAACUAUGCAAAUAGCGGUCAUGUGGAGGAUGUUUUCCGUAUCCCAGGUUAUGCCGAAUCGACUGCUCUUGAUCAAGACUCUGCCAAUAUUAGUCCUUUUCACUCAAAAUCUGUCCUUAGCUGCUUGGGGUUCGUUUCAGACCCCAGUAUUUUAGAGGCACAUCAUAAUCAAGACAACGUCGGAGAAGCUGUUUUAGAGGAAGAUAUGUCUCAAAGUAGUAUGCUUGAUUUCGUGUUUGACUCUGCGCCAUCAGCAAUCAAUGAUACUGGAUUAUCAUCAAUAUAUUUGGAUAACAUGAAUACAAACACAAACACAAACACGAAUACGAAUACGAAAAAGACUAUGGAUAUUAAUAUCAAUGAGGAUACGAAUAUGGAUCUGAAUAUUACAAACGACCGUGCUUUCUUCCGUGCUCCAACUAAAGACAGUACACAAACUCAGGCUAAACGGCAAGAUAAUAAACCACAAAACUCGAGCCAACAGACGACACCACAAAAGCAACGCAGAGAUAGGUACAGAAAAAGAGCCGAGUCGAGGAUCAUUCCUGGAGAUGAUAUAUACAUCAGCUCGUCAGAAGAACAACGUUCGACAAAAGGGAACAAUAAUAAGCGUAACAAACGAGGUGCAUCAGCUAAUACUGCUGCUGCACAAGGAAAAGAAAAGGCUGAAGAAGAAAGAUUGGAGGACUAUAUUUACAACUGUGAAGUAUUGUCUCCCCAAGAUCUUGAAGCAUUGCUGAAGUUUUCUAGCUCGCGUGAUCCUGCAGAAUACCAGAACCAUGCAGAAGAGGAAAUGGACGACCUUGACGCUGAAUUUGAAGCUAGAGAAAAAGAACCCGCUCAGCAUCUCUUCAACGGAUCUAAAGUAUCGCCCAAAGAUUUCGAGAGAAUACUGAGAUACGCUAAUUCGCUUACUCCUGCGCAGUACCAAAAAACCAAGGGUUAUUCAGGCGUAGAUAUAAUUGAUGUUGAUGCCAUAGAGCGUACAUAUAGCAAAGAAACAAUGGAAGAUUACUAUGAUUAUCCAUCUGAUGAAGAUGGAUCGGUUUACUAUGACGCGCAAGAUUGCAUUAACUUAACACUGAGCGACAAUGAAGUUGAUGAGCAAGGUACCUCACCCGACAACAACAACAGCUAUAAUAGCUAUCAUGGUGUUGCACCUAGCUGGCUAUCUCGGAAGAAAUCUCAACCAAGUCGUGUCCCAGUGACUAAAUUAUGGCAAAUCAAUAGAACUUUGAAAGGCUUUGCGCAGAAUGCAGAGGAUCCCGAGUUAAUAUUGCCACAAAACUUCUCGCCUUAUAUAAAGCAAUUUAGCCUUUUGGGGAACUUUUAUGAGAUUGCCUUGAGAACUACAGGUUCACCUUCCUCUGGAAACAUUGUGUUGGUAAGAACAAACAAAACAAAUGUGCCUUCUAGCCAAGAACACAUUGAACUCUUUAUCCGAAAAGUCUUGAAUGUCCUUCCAGAAGGAAAAGGCGAUGAGGGAUUGGUUUCAUCAAUGUCGCAAAAUAACAAAAUACAGACUCGCAAGCAAGAAAAUCGUGAGCGCCAAAAGUCAAAGGCUCCUGCUCCAAAACGACCCAAGAGAUCAAAUCGUCGAGGAGAGUAUGAUGGCGAAAGGCAGCUACCUAUGGGUGGAGUAGUAGGGUCAGGUGCGGCACCCAUUGACGAGACAAACAAGGGACAUCGCAUGCUGGCUAGCUUGGGGUGGAGUCAAGGAGAUUCGAUUGGUGCUACAAACGAAGGAAUCAAGGCACCAGUACAAGCCUUUUUCAGACACAACCGUACUGGUCUUGGACAUUAAAGAUCCCAAUAAAAUAUAAUAUUUAACCUGGGCACUAAACACAAACGUGUAGACUUGUCUAUUUUUUGUAUAGUAUUUAGUAUUAAUGUAAAUCAAAAAUAAUAAAAAAAAAACCUG